AUGAUUGUUUUACAUGAGUAUCCAUUAUGUAUUGUUGAUCUUACUGGUUUUCGUAGAUUUGUUAGUGCAUUGCAGCCUCUCUUCAAAAUGGUGACAAGGAACACUAUUAGGAAUGACAUCGAGGCUCAUUAUGAAGAAGAAAGAAAAAGGGCAAUUGAGUACAUGGCUACCACUAAAUCUAGAGUGGCCAUCACAACUGAUAUGUGGACAUCCGAUCAUCAAAAGAAGGGCUACAUGGCCAUCACAACCCACUUUAUUGAUGAUAAUUGGAACCUUAGGAGUGUUAUUAUGAGGUUCAUUUAUGUGCCAGCUCCACAUACUACAGAGGCUAUAGCAAAUGAAUUGUAUGAGUCUUUGGUUACUUGGAAUCUUGAUGAGAAGCUUUCCGCCGUGACCGUGGAUAACUGCACCUCAAAUGACAAGGCGGUUGAUCACUUGCUGAAUAAGAUAGGGAAAGAGAAGCUAAUGCUGAAAGGUAUGAUGCUCCACAUGCGAUGUCGUGCACACAUUCUGAAUUUGAUAGUGAAGGAUGGUUUGGAUGUGUUGAAAGCUGUUAUAGAAAAAAUUAGUGAGAGUGUAGUAUUUUGGACAUCCACCCCAAAAAGAGUAGAGAAAUUUGAGGAAAUUGCUAAGUUUCAGAAAGUUAAAAUGGGAAAAAAGUUGGCGCUGGACUGCAAGACUAGAUGGAACUCUACCUUCACCAUGCUCCAUACUGCUUUACCUUAUAAGGCUGUGUUCGAGCGUGCAAAGAAGGUUGAGAAGCUAUAUGAUUGCUAUCCUAGUGAUUAUGAAUAG